GUUUUGUUAUUUUAUUGUUUUUAAACUUCCCUGAAAGCGGGUGGAGGGUUUUUCUCACAAUUCACUCUCGGGCACCGCCUGACGGGAGCAGCCGCUGCCGUGGGGGGGGCGCUGGGGAUCCGUGUGAUCUGGGUCCCCGCUGGCUUUGCAGCGCCUUGCGAGCCCCUUGGUGCCUCAGUUUCACUGUUUCUGGGCUGUUUUAGUGCUCAGCAUUGCCGGGCACUGCUACAGCUGCUUUCUCUAAGGUGCUCUACGUGCGUCUGGGUUGGUGACAUGGCCGACGUCAGCGAGGACCCCGCCGUGUUCACCGCCACGGCCCUGCCCGCCGACCCGCGGCUGCUGCCCACGCUGACCAACGCCUGCCUGGGCACGCGGCUCUACCGGGACGUCCUGCACCUCAACGGCGUCUACAACGGGGCGGCGGGGGACACGCACCGCGCCGGCGUCCCCAGCCCCCUCAACGUCAGGAUGGGGCUGCCCGGGGACCGCGCGGCCGAGACCUUCACCCUGGACACGCAGACAGGAACCUUCAGCCACGUGCUGCAGGCAGCGGACUGCACGGCCACCCAGCAGCUCUACGCUCACCACUCCCUCGUCCACCUCAUGGCCUUCAGCAUCACCAUCCGGCGCUCGGCUCGCGCCACCCGCCCCAUCACGGUCCAGCUCCAGACGCCUUUCGUGCCGCAGAGCCAGGACUUGGACCUGAAACACGGACCAGACUUCCAGGGGGCACACUACGUCUACGGGCAGACGCUGGUUCCCGAGGUGCCGGGGGGGCCGCGUCCCACCGUGCACAUGCUCUGGACGCCGGUGCCCCGAGUGCUGACGCUGCCCGAGGGGGAGCGGGAGCGGUGCUGGCAGUUCCUGACGGCCGUGGCCGACAGCCGGGAGGAGGCCGAGUGGAGCUGGGGCGCAGGGCUGGCCCUGGCGGCCGCGGGGUCCCUGCACGCCGCGCACGUCCGGGCCUGGGCUGCGCGGUGGGACGGCUGCGGCGUGGAGCUGGACGGGCCCCUGGCCCUCAGGAAAGCCCUCCGGGGGGGGCUCUACUACCUGCUGAGCGCCAUCCCCCCCCAGGGCAGCCCCGGCUUCCCCUUCCAUGGCAUCAGCCCUGGCGGCUUGUCCAACGGCACCCGGGGCGAGGACUAUUGGGGACACGUCUUCUGGGACCAGGACACCUGGAUGUUCCCCAACAUUCUGCUGUUUUACCCCGAAGCCGCCCGUGCCAUCCUGGAGUACCGGAUCCGCCGGCUGGAGGGAGCCUUGCACAACGCGCGGGAGCAAGGCUACGAGGGUGCGAAGUUCCCUUGGGAAAGUGCAGCCACGGGCCGGGAAGUCUGUCCCGAGGAGAUCUAUGGAGCCCAGGAAAUUCACAUCACUGGGGACGUCCUGAUGGCCUUUGAGCAGUAUUAUUGCACCACACAGGACCAGCAGCUGUUCCGGGAGGGCGGCUGGGAGCUGGUGGCAGCCGCGGCUCAGUACUGGUGCAGCAGGAUGGUGUGGAGCGAGGCGGAGCGGUGCUACCACAUCACAGGUGUCAUGCCCCCAGACGAGUACCACAAGCGGGUUGACAACUCUGCGUACACCAACGCCGUGGCCCAGCGGAGCUUAAAUUUUGCAGCUGACGUUGCUCGGGACUUCUUGAUCCCCGUGCCAGAGGAAUGGGUGGACUGUGCCAAGAAAGUCAAAGUGCCCUUUGAUGCGGAGAAGCAAUAUCACCCCGAGUACGACGGGUACAGCCCAGGAGAGCCCGUCAAACAAGCCGACGUUGUCCUGCUGGGCUUCCCGCUGAUGCACCCCAUGACCCCCAAUGUCCGGAGAAACGACCUGGAGAUGUACGAGCCCGUCACCGCACCGGACGGGCCGGCCAUGACCUGGAGCAUGUUUGCGGUGGGCUGGCUGGAGCUGAAGGAGCUGCAGAGAGCCCAGAGCCAACUCAACAAGUGCUUCAGCAACAUCACCGAGCCCUUCAAGAUCUGGGUGGAGAAUGCGGACGGGUCAGGAGCUGUGAACUUCCUGACGGGGAUAGGCGGAUUCCUGCAAGCCAUCCUCUUCGGCUGCACGGGCUUCAGGAUCACCAGGUCCAGCCUGCACUUCGACCCGGCCUUUCCCCCGGACAUCAACGGGCUGACGGUCACCGGCGUCUCCUACCUGGGCAACAAGCUGCAGUUCACCAUCGCCAGGGGACAGACCAGGAUCCAAGUGACCGCGCGCGCCCGGGAGCCCCCGGCGUGUCCCCUGGAAGCCGUGCUGGAGGCGUCGGGGCAGCGCUGGCCCCUGCGGGAAGGGCAGAGCGUCUCCUUCCCCACGGCGGCCGGCUGGAUUCAGAGGGUGUCCGCUGAGACACCCUAAACCUGGGCUGAGCCGGGUUUAACAGCAGGAACGGGCUGCAGAGUGGCUGUCGACGGGGGGAGGUAACCGCGGGGUGCGGGGUGGGGGUCCCCGGCUGUGCCAUGAGCCCCCCACCCCGUGGGGCUGUGUGUGCUUUUUCUUUUGAGUUAUUUGGUGUAUAACAUCCCGAUCGUGGUUUUACCCCCUUAUCUACAUUA